GGGGUGUCUUUACUACCAUAUUCCACUAGUGGGCAAUGUUCAGUUAAUCUAUCACCAGCUGCGGCUUUCAACAGAUGUGGUGGUCAAACACAUAAAAGUAAGUAAGAUCAACUUAAUGAGAUCAAACAUUUUCGUCGUCGAUGGAAACUUGCAUAAGAUGGUCUACGUCUGUACGCAAAUGUUAAUGUACGCUUUAUUUGACAAAUGUUUCAAUCAGACAGUGUAGGCAAAUAUUAACUGCAGUUGGACUGUGAAGGAAACAAAACAGCUAAAACCAGGUCAAUCAGGCUAUCAGUUCUACAAUUUUGCACUCUUGAGUAAACGAGUAGCGUAUUCCAGUUGUUUUUGACCAUUGCAUUUUGGGAAAUGGUAGCGCUGUAUCAGUCACGAUGACGUGGGCAAGCCUGAGAAAACUCUGGAGGUUGGAUGAAGAAAAUCACAGCCUUUUGCUCGCUACCGUGCCAAACGCGCAAGACUACACCAAAGCGCAGAUGACUAGACACACACAGACACCACCCUAUCCACUCCACUAUCGCGAAUUAAUGGGACACUCAAGCUACCGACAUGGAUAAACAUAUCAACACUGGAUCUCACGGAACCGAGUACAGUGCUCCACAAGCGUCUAUUCGAAAGCCACCCCGGAGCCUAGGCGCGUCUUUAGGCUCUGGUUCUAGACAACCCAGCAUCGAGACCCUUGACAGCCCUACUGGAUCACACGUUGAAUGGUGCAAACAGCUAAUAGCAGCCACAAUCUCAAGCCAAAUAUCCGGAGUCGGGCCCGUGGCACCUGAACCAAUGGCUCGCGAUUACAAGGCUCUGAGGGAUGGGAACAAGCAGGCCCAGCUGGAGGAGGCCCCACGCAUCCCGGGAGAGUCCAUCAAAGCCAUAGCCAAAGAUGUGAUGUACAUCUGUCCCUUCUCUGGGGCUGUGAGCGGCACUCUGACCAUCACAGACUACAAGCUCUUCUUUAAGAGCCUGGCUCGGGAUCCCCCGUUUGUCCUGGACGUGAAUCUGGGAGCUAUCAGUCGCUUGGAGACCAUCGGAGUGCAGAACCACGGGGAGAACACAAGGGGACUGGAGAUAGUCUGCAAAGACUUGAGGAAUCCUCGAUUUGCCUACAAAAAGGAAGAACAGAGCAAGCUGCAGAUUUUGGAGAUGUUGACCCGAUUUGCGUUUCCUCUCUCCCAUGAUCUGCCGCUGUUUGCCUUCCUGUACCAGGAGAAGUUUCCAGACGACGGCUGGAAAGUCUACGACCCCACAGCUGAGUACAAGAGACUGGGUCUGCCUAAUGAGAGCUGGGUGAUGAGUAAGGUGAACAGCAGCUAUGAGCUGUGUGAGAGCUACCCAGCCCUGCUGGUGGUGCCCUCCAACAUCACUGAUGAAGACCUCAAGAGGGUGGCCGGCUUCAGAGCCAAGAGACGCAUCCCAGUGUUGUCGUGGAUCCACCCAGAGACGCAGGCGGCCAUUAUCCGCUGUGGGCAGCCCCAGGUGGGCCACGCCGACCGCCGCUGCAAGGAGGACGAGCGCUACUUGCAGACCAUCCUGGACGCCAACGCACAGUCGCACAAGCUCACCAUCUUCGAUGCCCGCCAGAGCAGCGUGGCAGACACCAACAAGGCUAAAGAUGGGGGCUACGAGAGCGAGAGCUUCUACCCCAAUGUGGAGCUGAACUUCCUGGAGAUCCCCAACAUGCACGUGAUGCGCGAGUCCCUGAGGAAGCUGAAGGAGGUGGUCUACCCAGACAUAGACGAGGCACGCUGGCUAUCAGCUGUGGACGCCACACACUGGCUGGAGUACAUCAGGUUGCUGUUGGCUGGUGCGGUGCGUAUCGCCGACCGGCUGGAGUCUGGCAAGACGUCGGCCGUGGUGCACUGCAGUGAUGGCUGGGACCGCACGGCACAGCUGACCUCCCUGGCCAUGCUGAUGCUGGAUGCUCACUACCGCACCCUGCGCGGCUUCCAGACGCUCGUCGAGAAGGAGUGGCUCAGCUUCGGACACCGCUUCGCAUCGCGGGUGGGACAUGGAGACCAAAACCAUGCCAACUCUGAGCGCUCUCCACUAUUCGUUCAGUUCAUGGACUGCGUAUGGCAGAUGACCAAACAGUUUCCGUCUGCGUUUGAGUUUAAUGAGUUGUUCCUCAUCACGGUGCUGGAUCACCUCUAUAGCUGCCUCUUUGGGACCUUCCUCUACAACAGCGAGAUGGAGCGCGUGCUUAAGGAGGUGCCAAGCCAGACGGUGUCCCUGUGGUCGUAUGUCAAUAGCCAUGUGGAGGAGUUCUCCAACCCCUUCUACGUGGCGUACGCCGACCAUGUGCUCUACCCGCUGGCCAGCACCCGACACCUGGAGCUGUGGACCAGCUACUACGUACGCUGGAACCCACGCAUGAGGCCACAGGUCCCGGUGCACCAGAGUCUGAAGGAGCUGCUGGUGUUGCGUGUGGAGCUGGAGAGGAGAGUGGAGGAGCUGAGGAGAGACUCCUCUUCAUCAUCAUCAUCCUCAUCAUCCGCAGCAGCAGCACAGCAAGCAUCUAGCCCUGCCACAGCACCCAUGCACACCAUAGUAUAAACAUAGUCACAUGCACGCACGCACACAUACGC